ACUAUGCUGCUUGAGGAAGAACAGACGUAAACUGACAAUUGAGUACAUCAGGGAUUACAUAAGCAACAUGUCUCAGUCACCGGGAAGAAAACAGGAGAACCACAAAAUAAGCAGAGAACUUUUUGUACUCACCUAUGGGGCUUUGGUAGCCCAGCUGUGCAAGGACUAUGAAAAAGAUGAAGACGUAAACACCUGUUUAGACAGAAUGGGAUACAGCAUUGGUGUAAGGCUGAUUGAUGACUUUUUAGCUCGUUCUGCUGUUAAAAAAUGCCGCAGUUAUUCUGAAACUGCAGAAAUGAUUGCACAGGUUGCUUUCAAGACGUACCUUGGGGUCACCCCUAGUGUAAGUUGCAGCAGUGCCGCAGGAAAUGAAUUCUCCUUAAUCCUGGACAAAAACCCACUGGUGGAUUUUGUGGAGGAGCUGCCAGCAGAACGAGCGUCACUUUGCUACUGUAACCUCCUCUGUGGGGUGAUUCGAGGUGCUUUGGAAAUGGUUCACCUAUCAGCGGAAGUCACCUUCCUCCAGGACAGGCUGAAGGGUGAUGCUGUGACAGAAAUAGGAAUUACAUUUUUAAGGAAGCCUGAAGACAGAAAGCACAAAAGGAAUAAAUGAAAGGAGUAUUGGGAGAAACCCUUGCUGAGGGAUAUUUUGUGCCUUUUGUUUCAGAAGAAGACAUGCAAGGUAAAAAUGGUUUCACUGAUCCAGCUGCAUCAGUCACCUGGUUGAAAGGUGGAGACAGCUGGGCCGUAAACAGGAGGGACAGGGCAAGGAAGAGCAAGGUUAAUUGUCAUGACACAGAUAUUAAAAUGAUCAAAAUGACCUGCCCUUCCUUCUCACAUAACUAUGCUCUUGAGCUUAAUGCAAGUUUUAUCUCAGUAUUUAGUGUGUGCUGGAUGCAAAAUAUUCAUUUGGACAUCAACUGUUCUCAAACAAAGAUGAUGACCUUUUCCCAUUUUGUUUUACAGUUAUGUUUCAAAGCAUGGCUACUCAGAGGUACUCUAUUUCCCUGGCUCUGCGUGUUUAAGUAUAAAGAGUUCAUCCACUCUGGCUGCUGUAUGCUGUGUGUCGCUCGUUUUGAUGUGUAAUGGUUUGCCAUUUAUUGUCCUCCACACUGGACAUCCUGCUGCUUUGAUACCAGAGAGGAAUGCAGCUUCACUGAUGGCAGGAGCUGGUUGGGUUCCUUACAGCUCUUCCAGGCCCCAUAUGCAGUUUUGCUGGCAUGUUCAGUCUUGUAUGCACACAAUUCUGACAACUGCAGCAAUGCUUGUGUUACUCCAAGCCUUUUCAUGUCAGCCCUCUCUUUCAAGAGCACUCAUCUUAUGACCAAACUGAACAAAGCAUGAUGUAUCUGAUGUAUAGUCACUUUAAACCUGCACUUGCCUAAGGAAACUUGAAUGAAAAUUUUAAGGUUACCACACAACUAGUUUGAUGGUCGUUGUGUCUGCUCUUACCUGACUUUCACCACCACCUGUUGAACAUCUUCCCCUUGGCAGUGGACUUUUUGCCACAACAUGACUGGGAAAUAGAGAAGGAGCAGCCUCACAAAGACUUGAUUUACAGGAAGGGUUUAAUGUUUUUCUAUGUAACACAAGAUAUCUAGGUGAGGGUUGGACAAAACCCCAGUUCCUAGCACGGUACCCUACCCACUAAGCCAGAUCACUUUCUCCUCACCAAAGUACUUCUUUUAAACUGAAAUACAGACAAUUAAGUUCAUUGAAGCCCAGAGUUAACUCUGAUUUUAUCACUGUGAUUUGUACCCUUUUCUCCUGUUUUUCCCUCAGUCUGUUUACCUCUUAAUCCUACUGAGUGAAGGGCGUCUCUUACCUUGGGGACUGCAGGGUUCACUCCCACCCUGUGCAAUCCUCAUGAUAGUCAUUUUCCUUUCAUAUAUCUUAACAGUGUCUUACAGUGGUGGCAAAGUGUAAUGGAGCUUUUAGAGAGCAAUUCUGUACAGAACAAAAACUAAGCUAUUCAUUACCUGGCCUUGGCCUCAACCCAACUCCUGUUACCUGCUCCCAGUAAGUUACAACAUGUAACCAUGUCAUGUAACAAUGUGUUACAGGUACUAACAAGUUUACCUACUUAUUGGUUGGUUGGUUGUGUUUUGUUUUGUUUUGUUUGUUUGUUUGUUUUUGUUUGGGGGUUUGGGGUGUUGUUGUUGUUGUUGUUUUAAAUCAGGGCUAAAAGGUCUUGUGGAAUUCGUCUGAAUACAGGAGCCCUCGAUGCAGUUUUUGCUAGUUAAGUCUAGCUGGCUGAAAUGGACAUGUGACUGACACAAAAAACCUUACUUUAUAUGGCCAUUUUUACUUUUUCCACCAACAUCCUACUGGCCAAAUGUUACCUGUUAGUCUUCAGUAUGAGAGGUAAAAGGUAACAUUUUUAACUGAAGGAUGUUUCCUGGAGACACAAGUAACAAAACUGGACCCUUGAUACUCUAUUAUCAUUUAAUUUCUUGGAAGGAAAAGAGAACUGAGCAAGUCAGUGACUGUGACAAAAUGAAUGAUUUUUAAAAUUCUUUUCUACAUAUAUAAUUAAAUCUUGUUUUCCCUUUAUGUGUUAUGCUUUCAGUUUAUAGUGAGAAAGAAUCUUCCAAGCUCAUUAUAUUCAGCUAGUUAAAAUAGGCUCUUCCCUUCCUUCUUCCUUGGAAAAUGAGUAUAACAAAUAACUUCUUGGGAUUCCUUUCUGUCUGUCUGAAUAGUUUCAAAGUUUACUGUGUAGAAAAAGAGGAUUUCUGUGAGUAAGUAAAAGGACAGCCCAGACCAAACAAUCUGACUAACUUCUCCUAAAUGCUAUCUUAAGAAAAAACUUUUCAGAUGAAAACUGAACUUUGCUAUUCUUCACUCAAAAUCGAUAUAUUUAUUCUUAUAAUUUGAUGUUCUUUGGUAAGAAUAUUAUUAUUUCCUACUAUGGAUUGCAGAUUUAUAAUAUCCAUAAAUAUGUGGCUGUGCUAUAAAUGUUUGUUAAUAGAUAAGCUUCACAUACACUGCCAUGUUAUGCACAAGCCUAACCCCUCAUGACAAGCUAAUUUACACUUUGAUAGACUCCAUUCUGGAUAAAGUUAAAUAGUGUAUUUGGCAGGGACAAACAAAUGUAACUUAGGUGUAGCUUAGGUAUCUUAGGUGCUGAUGCCAGGGCCAAAACACUGUACUGUAUGAUUGUUCUUUUAAAAAUCCCAUAGGAAUGAAGUACUUUUCAGAAAAAUAAAAGGAAGAAUGUGAAUGGUAAGUUUAAUGGUUUAAUGUUAGUGUAUUUUCCCUGCAGCAUUCAGUCAAAUACCUUUUUUUCUUUUUUUUUCCAUUAAAGAGCUUUACAAUUACAGGAAA